GGGCAGCAGAAGGAGGCCGCAGUGAGCGAUGCUUUCCCCACCGACGUGCGCGUGCCUCGCGCGCCUCGAAGCGCGGGAUGCGGACGCCGCGGGGGGCGCGCAAGCUGUCCCCGGGCGCCUGAAGGCCCGCCACCGGCCCCCGAGGAAGCAGGAGGAGGGGGGCGAGGAGGCGAGAGCGGUGGAGGAGAGGGAGGAGGGGCAGGCUCACAGCUGGAGUCCUGCGGGGGCGGCGAGGAGGCCCGCGCCCUCAGGCGCCCUGGGGGGGGGCUGUAUGCGGCGCGCCCGCCGAGGCGACGGCACGGCUCCAGGGCCCGCUGCGCGAGGAGCACCUCGGGGGCGGACGAAGCUGGGCCUGCUCCCGGCGGGAGGAGGAGGAACCUGUGUUCACUGGUUAUUGGACGGGUGGUCCUGAGAAGCCAGCUUCCUCCGCUCGCCGGCGAGCGCCGCGCGCUGCAGAGUGGGGACGCAUUAGGUUGCAAGAUUCAUUAAAUGUCCCCAGCCUAGCAAACGAGUUCGCAGCACGCUGUGGUGUUCCUGAGGAAGGCGUCUCUCCCCCCCUCCGCCUCCAGCCUCU